UGAAGUCCUCAGUCGAGAGGAAUUAUAAGGGGCAGAAACACGUUCCAUGUCACUGUCGUCUCCUUAAGAGGCCGAGCAGCGACGCCCUUUGCCCAUCAUGUUCCUCUUAGCAACAAGUAUAGCCUGGGUUUUUGCCAUUCCCGUCGUCCCUCUGGCGGCAGGAGAUGCAACCAGCAACGGAAACACGACCCACAGACCUUAUAUUUCCGACGGACCUAAAUUUCCCUUAAGAGCCAGUGAUUUUGAAUCCCUCUCUUCUUUGACGAUUGGAGAUGAUGGAAGGGUGUUUGUUCCUCGCGCGAAGGAACAACUCCAGCGUCUUCUGCCGGUAGCUCGGAAUUCCUGUCCAAGCAAUGAUGUGCCAGCCAUGUGUGGUUCGUACCAGCUGCAACCAGGCCAGUCACUCACCGUAGCUACGCCUUACUACCCGAAUGCUUAUCCGAACAGAUUCGCUUGUUCGUGGACUUUCCAGGCAUCGAGCGGCAGUGAGAUCGCCCUCUCCUGCGCUGACUUCAGGCUUGACACAUCAGCCAAGGACUUCCUCAGCGUGGCAUACGUCGUGGGACAAACUGCGCAAAGAUUUAGGAGAACCAGCGGCCCUCAUGUAACAACAUCGGGCGGCAAACUCGACCUUAUCUUCAGGUCAAGCAAGAGAAGGACAGCGAGAGGGUUUAAAUGCCUUGUUUCCGAUCUUGGCGAACCAACAACUACGACCACCACAACUACCACAACCACCACAACUACGACUACUGCGACGACACCUAGUACUACAACAGCAACUACAACAACAACAACAACCACCACCACAACCGAAGCACCGUUGCCUCUUUCCCAUGCUGCGUGUGGUGUUGUGAAUACGAGGGUUGUUAACGGUGUACAAACAACUCCGAAUGAAUUCCCUUGGAUGGUCUGGCUGACAUUGUCCUGGAACAACGGAGCAACGAGAAGGUGCGGUGGAACAAUAAUUCAUGAACAAUGGAUUCUUACGGCUGCGCAUUGUCCGUUCAGACUGAACAGCGCCCAAACCGCCCUCUAUCUACCCAGUCGCAUCGUUGUAACCGUGGGCGCCCAUCUCCACGCCAGACCCGGUGAUCACGGCGGUUUCAGUGUGGAGGUGGAUGUCAGUAAUAUCCACAUGCAUCCACAAUACCGGUUGCCUUAUGACAUCGCCCUGUUGAAGUUAGCUUCCCCUUUGACCUUGUCGGCGACGGUCAAGCCUGUUUGUCUGGCACCCCGAGCCUGGGUCACCGAUGACAUGGCCGGCAAGGAGGUCACUCUGUCAGGCUGGGGCAAAACCGAAUCAGGCGGACUCUCAACCUACUUAAGAGAAUACAGUACCGUAGGUUAUAGUUUUCCUGACUGCGCCAAUUUCUACGGAACGUGGAUGAGGCCGACGCAGAUGUGCACGGACGGGACGCAGAGGAAACAUACGUGCGCUGGCGACUCCGGCGGACCGGUGAUGCGCAUAGAAAACGGGAAGGUAUUCCAGGUGGGAGUCGUCAGCUUCGGAGCGUCCGCCGACUGUAAGGAUCAAAGUCCCGAUGGUCAAGUACGAGUUGCCGCCUUUAUCGACUGGUUCGAAUCCAUUACGGGACUCACAUUCUCGAUUUAAUGAAGACAAAGGUUACCGCCGGUACAAAAGAAUUUAUUUAUAUCUUUAUUUAUUUUCUUCAUUAAUAGGAGUCAGUUUUUAGUCAGACUCUUGGCGCAGAGAUGAAAAUUACGUGUUUAUACUGUUGUUUAUCCAAAUUACGGUUAUUGGCGGCUUUGAAUAUGGCGUAUUAUACAUGAAUAAAUUUCCAGAUGAGAUUG